GUGCCUGGAAAGACACUUUGAAAGAAAAGAUGCUGUCAGAGGGACAUCGUGUCCGAGUUAAAGGCGGGGGAAAAAGGGAUUACUUGGAUAAAACUUUACUCUACUUUAGCUUAAAUCAAAAUUAUCCCAUUUUUUUUUGUAAUAGUAAUGACUUCUAUAGCCCGGGAAGAGCUCUUUGUGCGGGUGAUGGAGCAGUCCCCGUGUUCACCUUUGCUCUGGGGCUGCUGGUCCAGCUGGAAACCUCAGGGCUCCUGGAUGACGUUUUCCUCUCCUCCCAUUGAAUCAGCCUUUUAUUUACUCUUUGGAAUGCAAAGUAACACGACACCCCGCGGGGUUUUUAUCUCUCCCCAUCUCUCCUAUCGCUGCCGAAUUUGCACGGGGUUUUGGGGCGCGAUGUUUUCCUUGGUUUUCCCACAAACGCCUGUGACGUGGGAGAGGCGGGAGCUGCAGCCGGACACGGGAGCGUUCAGGGACCCACAGCGUGUUUCCGUCUUGCCGCACCUGCCAGGAGCACGGAGAGGAGGAGCUGGGCACGGAGCCGAGCCCAGGGGAGCAGCACCCACGCCAUGGCAGCCUGAGCCGGCAGCCGCCCUCGCCAUGGAGCGGGGCCCUGCGGCCGGUGGGGUUGGCAUGAGGUACAGCGCCCAACCUCAGGACAUGGAGGAAGGGGUGGAGUUCCUCCCUGCCAUGAACUCCAAGAAGGUGGAGAAGCGUGGCCCAAAGCGGCAGGUGGUCAUCACUGUCCUGAUCGUUGUUUUCCUGCUCAUCUCCGUUGUCACCGGCCUCUUGGUUUGGCAUUUCAAAUACAGGAACGUGCCCGUCCGGAAGGUUUUCAACGGCCACUUAAGGGUUCUGAACUGGGAAUUCCUUGAUGCUUAUGAGAACUCCAGCUCUCCAGAGUUCAUCAUGCUGGCCAAGAAGGUGAAAGGCACGGUAGAAGAGAUCUACAGGAACCACGCAGAUAUUGGCCCUUACCACAAGGAGACAGUGAUAACUGCAUUCAGCGAAGGCAGCAUCAUUGCCUACUACUGGUCGGAGUUCCUUGUCCCCAAGUACCGGGAGCAGAGUCUGGACAGGGCGAUGGCCGACAAGCAGAGCCUGGUCCAAAGCUGGAACCCUCGCCUGAGAAACCCAAUGCUGAAGGUGGAGUCGGUCGUCGCUUUCCCCGUCGACCCCAGCAUAGCCUUCUCCUCUCGGGACAGUAGCUGCAUCUUUGCCCUCCACGCCAAGGAAGGGGAGGUCACCAGUUUCACCACGCCGGGCUUCCCCAACAGCCCCUACCCCAACAAUGCACUCUGCUACUGGGCACUGAGGGCAGACGCCAACUCCAUCAUCAGCCUGUCCUUCAAGACGCUGGAACUGGAGCAGUGCAGGGAUGGGAGUGACUACAUCAAGGUGUACGACUCUCUCAGCCCCGUGGAGCCCCACGCUUUGGUCAGGCUCUGCGGGAAUUACGCCCCUUCCUACAACCUGACCUUCCUGUCCUCCCAGAACGUCAUGCUCGUCACGUUGGUUACCAACAAAGAGGGGAGAUUCCCCGGCUUUAAGGCUGAGUUCUUCCAGCUCCCGAAGAUGAAAGCUUGUGGCGGGACGCUGAGAGGACCAAGCGGCACUUUCAUGACUCCCUAUUACCCAGCACACUACCCACCUGCCAUGGACUGUGUCUGGAACAUAGAGGUUCCCUCUAAAAAGAACGUGAAGGUGCGUUUCAACAUGUUCUUCGUGCUAGAGCCCGGGAUCCCGGUCACCUCCUGCACCAAGGACUACGUGCAGGUCAACAGCACGAAGUACUGUGGGGAGCGCCCCCAGUUUGUGGUGGCCAGUACCACCAACAAAAUCGAGGUCCGGUUCCACUCAGACCAGUCCUACACAGACACUGGCUUCCUCGCUGAGUUCCUGUCCUAUGACUCCAGCGAUCCCUGCCCUGGCAAGUUUACCUGCAACACCGGCCGCUGCAUUGAAAGAAGCAUGCGCUGCGACGGGUGGCUGGACUGCGUAGACGGCAGCGACGAGCGAUCCUGCACCUGUACCGACCAGCAGUUCAAGUGCCACAACGGCUGGUGCAAACCCAAGUUCUGGGUCUGUGACAACGUGAACGACUGCGGCGACAACAGCGAUGAGCUGCAGUGCAGCUGUGCAAAUGACACCUUCAAGUGCAACAAUGGGAAGUGCAUUCCCAACGCACAACAGUGCGAUGGCAAGGACGACUGCGGAGAUGGGAGCGACGAGGGCAGCUGCAGCACUGCGGUCCGCACGACUGUCCCCUGCAAGGAAUACACCUACAAGUGCCGCAACGGGCGCUGCAUCAGCAAGCAGAACCCGGAGUGCGACGGGGACCAGGACUGUGAAGACAACUCUGAUGAGGACAACUGCAACUGUGGGAUCCGCUCCUACAUCAGGAAGUCCCGGAUUGUCGGUGGGCAGGAUUCAGACGUGGGAGAAUGGCCGUGGCAGGUCAGCCUCCACGUCAAGGGCCAGGGCCACAUCUGCGGAGCCUCGCUGGUCUCGGAGAGCUGGCUGGUGUCCGCUGCGCAUUGCUUCCUGCAGCUACAGGGCAUCAGGUACUCGGACCCCAACCUGUGGACAGCCUACCUGGGCCUGACCAACCAAGGCAACCGCAAUGACCCCAACGUGCAAACACGGAAGAUCAAGCGUAUCAUCUCCCACCCCUACUUCAACGACUACACCUACGACUACGACAUCGCCGUGCUGGAGCUGCAGACCUCUGCCACCUUCUCAUCUGUCAUCCAGCCCAUCUGCCUGCCCGAUGCCACCCACGACUUCCCCGUGGGCAAGGACCUGUGGGUGACUGGAUGGGGAGCAACCUCAGAAGGAGGCGAAGGAGCUUCCAUCUUGCAGAAAGCAGAAAUCCGGCUCAUCAACCAGACGAUGUGCAACCAGCUGCUGACCAACCAGCUGACGCCGCGCAUGAUGUGUGUGGGGAUCCUGACCGGCGGCGUGGAUGCCUGCCAGGGAGAUUCCGGCGGGCCCCUGGUCAGCGUGGAGCUCAACAGUCGGAUGUUCCUGGCCGGUGUAGUGAGCUGGGGCAACGGCUGCGCUCAGAGAAACAAGCCUGGAGUCUACACCCGCCUCACCAGCCUGCGAGAAUGGAUCGAAGAGCAGACAGGCCUUUAGGGACACACUCAACCCUCUGUGGUCACGGACACCUCCUGUACACAGCCGGCUGGAGAGCCACCCGAGGAUGCUCAGGGUUGUCAUUGCCUCCCGGCAGCGCAGAGCCUUUACUGUGAACUUCAACCCUCCCUCUACCUCGCCACGAGUGCCUGGGACUUGUCAGAGCCGAUGGCCGAGUUCAGCCCUUAACGUUCCCACAGCUCAACUUUGGAAUCAAUAUUUGGAGUAGAAGAGAUUUCCCUUUGGGAUGAGUUAGCAGAGUUCCCAUCCCAGACACUUAUUAAAAUACACAAUAAAUUAAAUGAAAAAGACAAAAAAAAAAAAAAGGACAAAAAAAAAAGACAAACACUUUGUGUGUUUAGAGGCAAACUUUAUUGAGACAGGUUCAAAACCAAGCUUUCAGAAUAUAUUCUAACCCCUGUCACUUGUUUUCAAACUGCCGUCCGCAUCCCUUUCUCCGGUCUUCAGUCCUGGGUGGGGAGAGAAGUUCUUACCGUGGUUUUGGGGGGACCCUCCCUUGGUGUUGUCCCACUCUGUGCUCUCCUCCUUCCACCCUCUGGCUGAGCAUUUGGUUGCUUCACAUCGAGGACUGUGGGACUGGAAGAGAGAGGUUUGGCUGAAAGACGCUGUCCCUUAGCCCGAGGGACACAGUGUGCAGGUCAUCCCCACCGUGUGCCCUCACACUACGCUGUAGUUUAGCUGACGCAUCUUCCGAGCUCCAUCUGCUACGCUCGGCGCCUUCCCCUCCCUCGUUGCAACGAGCAGAGGGGCUGUGCUGACCGCGAUCCCACUCGUCCCUGCGCCGAUGACACGGGUUGGCUGUGCCAGGCACCACUCAGACCCUCCUUACUUCUGUAACGAAAAAUGCAGCGGUGUGACUUGUCGAUGUGCUGAUUUGAUUUCUUUUUUCCCAUGUAGCCUGUUCCUUGUCCUAGAAGAGCACACUCUGAGUUUAGUUAGCCUCUUCCUUGCCUGUAAAUACAUUGUUUUGUAAAACUCUCUACGAAGUGGAGAUGCUGUAAUAAAUCGGGAUAUUUUCUA